AUGAGGAUAUCAUCAACAGUAGCGAUACUUCAACUCCUCGCCGCCUCCGGAGCAGCGCAAGACCUCGCCUUCACUGCGCCGGACCUCUCAUCUACUGGCGACAAUGGCUUCACAGUUGGACAAGACGUUAGGAUAUCAUGGACGACGCCGUUCAAUGAGACGUCGUUGAUUCUGUUUGAGCGAGGCGAUGACGGGGACUGGGCGUUCGAUACACUUGCUGUCAACAAUGCGCAAUCAGACACAUCGCUCGUGUGGCGCGUCGAUACGAUACAGCAAAGCAAUCUUGGAAAUCUGAUGUACUUUGCCAUCGAAAAUGGCAACGAUAUUACCUGCGAUGGCUGCGUGCUCAAGAGUCCUUUCUUCGAAUUGAGUGAAGGCAGCGAAAGUGGCAGCUCGCCUGCGUCGUCGCGGGCGCCUUCAUUGACGAGGUCAAGGCCGGCACUCACACCGUCAUCGACAAGAGAAGGAGGUACAGCGUCUGCCUCGUCGACAGGAGGGGCUGCGCCCACAUCUGCGUCACAAAGCACAAGGACGAAUCAGACACCGGGGACUGCAAGAACGUCGCAGACGCGAGAUGGAGCAUCUCAACACGCAACGCCGGCGAUGCAAUCGCCUGGUCCAGCUGCCGCCGGUGCAGUGAACCAGCAGACUUCUCCUGACGGUGCUGACCAGACCUCAGCCAGACGGUCUCACGAUCUCAAGAUUGGUCUCGGCGUCGGCUUAGGAGUAGGCAUUCCGUUGCUCCUUCUGCUUCUGGGCUUACUGUUCCUCUUCCUACGACGCCGCAGACGACGCGUAGAACAACACCGCUUCAGCUACCAUCCCACCCAAUCCGGUAAUUGGACCGAAGACGCCGCGAAAAAAGGCGAGAUGCAGGAGAACGAAGUUGCGGACGCCGGCGCAGGUGCCGAUCUAGGUGCGGGUGUGGGUGCAGAAGCAGGAGCAGGCGUAGGAACAGCUGCGGUGACUGGUCUGAAGUCUUCAUCCUCCCAGCACUCAAAGGCCAGUCACACAUCGAUACCGACAGGCGCAGUAGCAGGCGUUCGAUCCCAGUCUCCAGAGCCUGCACCGAAUCCAUUCCGCGCUUCAUACGCUUCGUUCGCUCCAAGCGCAGCGAGCCGGAAAUCGUUCUUCGAGCCAUUCGACUUCGAGAAGCCGCAGGCUAAGGAAGAGUUCGUACCAGGUUUGCUCGGACGAGCUGCUGUGGCUGGCGAUGAGAAAGCGGUCCAGCCUGACGACGCAAGCAGCACGUACAGCGUGCCUGAAGCGUACGGUCCUGGAAGUCCCAGUGAUGCGGCGGCAGUGGCGGGUCCGAGCGGUCACAAUGGUGCGUUCAGGCGGCCGAGCAACGAUAUGUCAUUUAUCGCGGGCACGGACUUGAGCAGUCUUGAAGGACCGCCGCAACGGCCGCAGCCUGCAGAUGGGUCGUCCCAGUAUGCUGCGCAGUAUGCGGAUGGGCGGCAUUGGCCCUUGCCGUGA